CGGGAGGGCCCCCACGUUCUGGCGAGACGCGGCGACCGCGGGGAGGAGGAUGGGGGCGAAUCAGCUGGUGGUUCUCAACGUGUACGACAUGUACUGGAUGAAUGAAUACACCUCAUCCAUUGGAAUUGGAGUUUUCCAUUCAGGAAUAGAAGUGUAUGGUAGAGAAUUUGCUUAUGGUGGUCAUCCUUACCCCUUUUCUGGAAUAUUUGAAAUUUCCCCAGGAAAUGCUUCUGAACUAGGAGAAACAUUUAAAUUUAAAGAAGCUGUUGUUUUGGGAAGCACUGACUUCCUAGAAAAUGAUUUAGAAAAGAUUGUAGAAGAAUUGGGGAAAGAGUACAGAGGCAAUGCUUAUCAUUUGAUGCAUAAAAACUGCAAUCACUUUUCUUCAGCUUUAUCAGAGAUUCUUUGUGGGAAAGAGAUUCCUCGUUGGGUCAAUCGACUCGCCUACUUCAGCUCCUGUAUACCAUUCCUCCAAAGCUGCCUUCCCAAGGAGUGGCUCACUCCUGCAGCCCUUCAGUCUAGUGUCAGCCAGGAGCUCCAGGAGGAGCUGGAGGAAGCAGAGGAUGCAGCCGCAGCAGCCGUCAUGUCGAGUGCGUCAGCAGUGGCCAGACCUGGGCGCCACACUAAACUAUAAAUUUCUCCAAAGUAACACAUUCAGAACUUUGUCUGGCAGUUGAAUUUCACUAGAGAGCAGCAAGAAGAAAGCAAACUUCUUUUUGGACAUUCCUUUUGUAUGCAACAAUAGCUCUUCCCCAAAUCCCAAGUUUUUUCAGCUCAGGAUUAUAUUUGUAAUUUAAAAGAAUCACCUGACAAAAGAGGGAGGACUUUAUGUGAAGCCACCCUCUGUUUUUUUUACCCACUUGUAAAUUUGGAUUUACUUCUGUUUUAUACAAGAUCUGUUGAGUUAUGUUUACAGUAUUUUAUAUUGCUGUUUACAAAUCUUGCAUGGACUCCUGCCACCAUGAAAGAAGAAAACCUUAAUGUCUUCAUAAAUUAGGCAGGUAAACUUUCUACACUUCCAACUGCUGCCAGAGCUGUGGCAUAAACGGCAGAAUACCAAGUACGUGAACAGGUACUUACACAGUUAUGGUCACCAUCACCUGUUUAAGAAUUGCGGUUUAAAAAAAAAAAAAAAGCAUCAGAAUACAAGGAAUCCAAGCACGCUGGGCUUGAGAUGAGAGUAUAUGUCAGUCAGAGGUCUUGUCUGGUGUUGGGAGGUGGGGGUGGGGGUGGAAAGAACAAUUCCUGAGGAGUGGUUAUAGCUCUCCUUUCCCCCUUACCCUGCUCCCAAGGUAGCACAUUUGCCAGGUUUCUAACAGCAGCUGGCUUCUACCACCCUUACUGUCUACCUGGUCACCCUGUGCAUGCUUGGGACUUUGUCCUGUGUUCAUAGCUCCAAGAAUUUUCUUAAGGUUUGAUUGAUUUUCUUGCCAGUGACUGCACAUGUGUGAUGAAAGCUCAAUUUACUUUAAUGCAUAGUCAUUUCUUAAAUUGCAGAAGUGUUUUGUUUUGUUUUUUUCCUUGAACCUACUAAUUUGAAAUCCUGCCCACUUUAUAUAGUGCUUAAACGGAAGGUUGGGGAAUACCUUGAGGGAUGUCCUGAACAUCAGCAGUUUUAGUUUGCGAUCCAGGUUCUUUUAACUGUUGAGGUUAUUAUUUUAUUGGGUUUACAUGGUCCAGAGUAGUAAAGUAUCUGUUGGACUUCAGUUAUUUUCAGGCUUUCUAUAUCAUAUCAGAAAGACAUGCCAUGACAUGGGGCAACCUAAACCUAGAUUAACUUUGUCAAGCCCUUCUCAUGGCUGUGUGCUGCCUUUGGUCAUUUAUGAGUGAAUUAUGUGCACAACCAUUUCAUCUCAUGAGUAAAUGGCCAUCAUACUCUCAUAGACAUUUUUUGUUGACAGCAUAUUAAUGUAUUUCCAUUAGUUACAUUUAUUUUUUCAGCAACAUUCAAGACAUUUUUUUUUUGGUCAUUUUAUAAUCUCUAAAGUGUCUAUUUAUGUAAAUCCAUCCACUUAAGAACCAAAUUGCGACAACAGAUAAUAAGCACAUGGUGUCAGAGAAAAUAUGUAACCUCCUGAAGGCCUCUGUGCCCAGGCAUCUGUAGUCCUAGUUUGGCCCUCCUCUGUAAAAAUCAUCCUUUACAUGUAAUAUUAACUUUUUCUGCCUUAACAAUGAAUUCCUGCAAUAAAAUUGGAUGAAAUUUAUGAACAAUUCAAGGCAGUGACUUAAACUUCAUAAGUAUUGUUGGUUUUUAAGUGGUUUACCUUUAUUUAAGCUGCUGCCCUAUGUUAAAUAUGUGGAGCAAACAUAUCUUUUAAGUAAACUGCAGUUUUCACUUUUUACGUAUUCUGAUUUUGAUUGUUUUUAUUACUUUUCAUAGAACCUUCUUAUAGGGAGAAAUCACUCAUUGGUUUUAAGAAAAAGCCUUAGGGAAAGGGAAAGCACAUAACUUAAUUUGUGCUUUUAACUCUUCAAUUUCCCUGAAAGAAAACCCUUGUUAAAAAAUACUCUCACUCCCAGAAUGGGAGGGGCCCUUAGUUUAUAAAGGGCUCUGUACAAAUGCAAUAAAGAGAUAGGGACAGACACUACCUGAUUUCCAAUAAACUUUUCUAAGUCUGAAAAUGUGAUUUAAAAUAAGACACUAAUGACUUUAUUGUUGACUGUUGACAUUAUUUGUAAAAAGAGAAAAAUUCCUAUAACAAAAACCUGAAUCAUUUAGAAGUAGUUUGUUUUGUAAUUAUGUAUUUUGUUAAAUCCAUUUAGCUACUCAUGGUUUAAUUUGAGCUGCUGACUAAUCUAAAAGAGUAGUAAUUAGAUGUUUUCCUGGUAAAUAGCCAGAAUGGCCCAUCUGUACUUAUUCAGGCUCCAAUCAACAAUAAAAACAUAUGGUGUACUUUUU